AUUUUCUAAAAAACAGACACAGUUAUAUCUCAGUCCACCUCAGCUCGGAAAGCAUUCGAACACAUCGUCCAAUAAUUAGAACGCAUUAUUGGAACCUAAAUUUCGUCGCAGUUUUCGUUCGCCAUGUUUUUGGUUGCCCCACACCGGUAAAGCUGCCGUAUUUGCACCGGAAUAAGUCGCGGAUGGCCUCACUCGCCGAGCUGCCACAGUGCCUCGUCAAAGCAAGCCAUGGACGCGAGUUUAGGGGAAUCGCCAGACGGAGGCACGACGGAACUUGUCGUCGUUCCCGAGCUUGAUUCAGUCGGGUUAUCUCGGCCUCACUCGGUCCCUCUCGUCAAGAUCGUCACCGCCGCCACACAAGACCAGCUCAAUGACGUCAUCGAUGCGUCACCAACCCGACUCGGUGACGUCAUCGAUGCGUCACCUACACGACUUGGUGACGUGAUUAGCACACCCGCCGACGUCACGAUCGCCGAAGUCGCGUUGGGAGACGAUGCAAGAAGUGCGAUGGUGGAGGAAGGCCAUAGCUGUAGUUCAGGUGGGAUUACGACGCCUGUGCCAGCAUCAUCCAGUGAAGAUUCGAAAGCAACACCAGUAUUUGCAAUAGAACCAGACUGGCGUGAGGCGGCACAAGAUCCAGUGCUUCUUGUUAGGUGUAAAAAAACGACAGGUGAACUUGUGAAGAAUCGCUUUGGCUCAGGCUCUCGAGGGAAGUGCAUUAGGGUAGGGAAACUGUGGUACACGCCCACGGAGUUUGAAGCCCACUGUGGGAGGUCUGCAAGCAAGGACUGGAAAAGAAGCAUCAGAUUUCAGGGUCAGAGUCUUCUUACCCUGAUAGAGGAAGGAUAUCUCCAGGUUCAUGCCACUUCUUGCUCUUGUGGAGCGUGCUUAGAUGGUGAUGCUGCGGCUGGAGCAGUUCGUCUUCACCGUCCAUACAGACGGAAAAAGAGAGAUAAGUUUAUGAUUGACACGGAAGUUGCUGCAAAGGUUCUGAAGAGAACAUUGUCAGAUGACCCAGGAUCUUCCACACCAACAGUGACUUUACCAGUGUCUGGAUUAGGGGAACUCACUGUGGUGCCAGGUAUUGUUCUUGGAGGAGGGACCCCAACCACUGCAGUACCUACCACACCCCAGGGGGCAACUGCUGCCCCUUCUUCAGCUGGGAGCCCUUGCCCAGUUAGCCUUUCAAACCUGCCUUUGGACAAAGCUUGGGAUCGUAUGAAUGAGGUUUUAUUAGGUUUAGAGAGAAGUGUGUCGGGAGCUCGAGCUUUACUUGAAGAAUUAAAAGAUAGAACAGAACAAGAGACUUUAGAACUUCGAAGAAAACUUUUGCAAGAGAAAGAUGAAGCAGUCACGCAAGCAAAAUUGGAGGCUCAGUUAUCAAACAUGACCAAACCAUCAGAAGGAUUCCUGGUUCAAGUGAGGGAUGAUGAUGGGAAUCAGUCAUUGCAACCUAUAAUGCUAGAUUCUUUGAUAUCAAAUGUUCCUACGCUAAAGCCAGCACCGCCUAUUAAUGGGGUCAAGAAAAAGUGUGUCAACUGUAAUCGGGAGAGUGAAUUGGAAUGCUCUGGCUGCCACAACAGAGCUUAUUGCAGCGACUUUUGCCAGAGACGAGACUGGGCCAACCACCAAGGAGAGUGUGGUCGUACUAGUCCUCCUCCUGGAGAUCCUCUGAGCACUGUAACCCAAGUUCCUGGAUAUAUAUUUAUGCUUUCUGACUAGAAUCUAAAAGUGUAAUGAAAAUUGGCAACUAAAGAUUUAUUUGUGUUCAUAAAUGUAUUGGAAUUUUGAUAAUGUCCUUCAUAGGCUAAACCUGAGGCUUUGUGAUAUUGUAUAUAUCAACAAAAAAUAUAAUAUUGAGCACUAUAUCCUAUCAGUAUUUUUAAUGUGCAGGUAGCUUCUAUAAACAAAGUAAGUAAGGCCUCAUUAUUAAUUUCAAAACCAUAAAGUUACCUUAGACUGAUUUCUUCAGUGUGAUAUUUCCUAUUAGUGUAGAAUUAUAUAAUAUAUAUUUUUAAUUUAUUUUGUGAACUUCACAUAAGUAAGUAAUUUAUUGAGUUAUAGUGAUCAACGACUAAGGAACUGUUGGGUAUUUUGCUAGUCUUAGAUAUUACCAAACAAAGUCAUGAUACAAAUUACCUGUUAGACUGUUAACCACUUCAGGCCUUUUGGAAUAACCUUUUCCUUAAGCAUUUUUGCCUGUUUAAUUCAAAACCAAGUUUACUCCUGUUUCAGACUUUUGUGGUUCUCAUUUAUAAUAAGCAACUGUUCAUAUAUGAUAUACAACUGGUUAUGUGAUAUGGUUAAUUUUAGUUCUUAGGAUUAAUGUAAUAUACGUUUUAUCACAGCUUUAGAGUUUAUGACAUGUUGCUUAUACCUAUCAUUUGAGCAUGAAUAUUAAUUUCUUCAUCAUCUUGCAAAUGACUUUUCCUAUUAGGGAAGAUGUAGCAUAUGUGAUACAUCCGUCUCAUCAUUAACUGUGUAAGCACACUUGAAAUAGUACAAACUGAUUUCUUGAAAGUGUAUAGAAAACUACCAUUAUGGUUAUUCAUAUUACAAUUACACACCACGGUCACGGUCAAUGUUCCUCUUGUCUUUUAAUCAGCUACUAAAGAAUGAUUUAAUGGCAAUUUGAACUUCAUUAGUUAACCAUUCAUUGUUGAUAUCUAACCUGCCUUCAGAUUUGUAUUUGAAUAAAUUAUUUCUCUUGAAAUAAAUACCUUAAAUAGUACAUUAAAAUUGAAGAAUGAGGAAUAGCCAUGAAUCACCAUGGUUCUGAAUGAAGGCACAAGUUAGCAUUGCUGUAGCUCAUUAUAAGAGAAAUGAUUCCCAAAACUUGUAAAACUCUUUAUUUUGAUGAACUUGACGUCAUGUGAGCAAUCUCACUGAAGUACAACGUAACCAUUUAGCAAGAGCAUCAGGUAUUAGCAGAGCUUCCUUUCAAUGUUUGACUUUUCAUUUGCAUUUUUUUCCUUUGAAUAUAAAUCUUAAGUUAUUUAUUUCAAAAUACAUAAUAGGAAGUUGCACUGACAUUUGUAUCCUCUCACGGUUUAUAAAUAUCUUAAACCUUUGGUUGACAGAAGUUUAAAUAAGAAUAAAUAAUUUCACAAAGCAAAGGAUGUAAGUGAUAUGCUUCAACUUUCAUCAGAAUUUCUUGUAAUUUACAAAUUCUAAUGAAGAAUAAACCAAAAUGCAUAAAUUACAUAUAUUGCUUUUUGAAGUUAUUUAGUCUCAUUCAUAAAUUUUCACUGUUUGUCACAAUGAUCUCUGUUCUUUGUUAUUGUUAUAUAUCACAUAAUUCAUUUAUGGAAUUACAGGGAGGCAAAUUAAAUAAAAUGUAUUUCUGCUAAAGAAAUUUUUUCAACACUGUAACAUGACCUUAUACAUUUAUACUCUGUCCUUAUUUAAUCAAAGGAAAUGUAUUAGGCCAAAAGAAAUAUGUCUUUAUGUCUUCUCUUGCUGCUCAAAAUAAGAUUCAUUGUGUCAGUAUAUAUAUUAUUAAAAAGAUAGAUAUUUUUAUACAUAUUGUGAUCAUGGAAAAGGAACUAAUGUAUGUAGAUAUGCUACAAAAACACCUUUAGAUUGGAAGUGUUCCAUAAGAGAGUCAGAAAUAUUUCUUGUCGAAAUGUUUUAUUUGAGAGGAUAAUGUGGGUUUGGUAGUAAAUUAUUUUAUUUUUGGAAAUCUAAAAAUAAUAUAGGUUGGGGUUGAAAAUAAGAUAUAUUUUGGGCCUUGUGAUACGCUGUUCAUGAUUUCUUUUAACAAAUCUAUGCAAAUAGUCUUCAUUUUU